AUCACCGAUUGCCAAAAAACAGCAAGCAUUUGCAAAUGGUGUGAAGAAGACAAAGAAAGAAUCAUCUACAUGUGAAAGUUCCAGUGAAAAUGAAAUCCCUCCAGUCAAAAAACAAGCUACGAAACCAGUGACUGUGCCCCCAGUACCAAUAAAGUCAACUCCAGGCAGUUCUGAGAGCAGCAGUGCUGAUAGCACAGACUCCACAGACUCUGAGCAAGAAGGGAAAAAACCAGCAAAGAAGGGAAUAAUUCUCCAAUCAACCAUUCAAAAAACAAAGUCCCAGAAGACAUCUAAGAAUUCAAGUUUGGAUUCAAGCAGCUCAGAAGAUGAAACUCCAAAGCACCAACCACCAAAGUCAAAAGGAGCCCAAAAAGUCAUAAAACUGACUUCUACAUCAGCAAAACCUACCAAGGUGAUGUCUAAAACUAUCAAUGGCAAGGCAGAGAGUAGUAGCAGCAGCAGCAGUGAUGACACGAGUAGUAGUGAGGAUUCCAGCUCUGAAGAGAAUCAGCCUGUCAAAGGUAAGCUGAAGAAACUUCCACAUUGUAAAAACAACAUUGCUCAGCCACUUCCGAUUAAAACCAAGCAGGGAAAGAAGAGCAACAGUGAGACUUCUUGUGACAAUUCAGAACAUGAGAGACUAGCCUCAAAGCCGAAGCGUGGAGAGUACUCUGCUGUGCCACCCCCUUUAGCCAUAGAAUCAAAGAAAGGCAAAGCCCCCCUCAUAAAAAAGAAGACCUUUAAGAAGAACGGAGAGAAUAAUGAGAAAAAAGAGCAAGUGUUCACAAAGAGCCCAUCAACUGAAGGGUCUGUGAUUAAAAAAGCAUUUGCCCCCAAAUCUCUCCCUGUUUCUAUCCAAAAAGGAAAUACUUCUUCAGAGAGUGAUUCAGAUUCUAGUUCUGAAGAAGAAAAGAAAGUUUUGGUCAAAUGCUCUGCCAAAGCCGUUUCAGCAAAUGUUGCUGUUAAAUCAGUUCCAUUCAAGAAAGUGAGCAGCUCCUCUGAUACUUCAGAUUCUGAUAGUUCUGACAGUAUUCCUGAGAAAUCCGCAGUUAAGACAGGCAUAAAGAAAGUGAAGAAACCUCUUGGAGUGCUGGCAAAGAAAGUAGAAAGUAGCCUUGAAAAUAAGAAAGUUCAUAAAAUAAAAGGCACAAAGGCUGUCAAAACAACACCCAAAUCCAGCACCCCUAUCUCUAAACCAAAGAGUUCUGAAUCAAGCAGCUCAAGCAGUUCAAGCAGCUCAAGCAGUGAAGAAGAGACUCAGCCAUCCCAGAAAGCAGCUGGCAAACUCUCAGUGGGUAGCAGUUUGAUCGUUAGCAAGCAAACCCCAGCUGAGAUCAGGACCUCUACUGAGAAUUCCACUGAUGAAUUUAAAAUAUCUGAAAAAACAGAAAGAAAGAGAGGACAAAAUAACUGCAAAACAGCAAAAAAAGUGCUAAAAACCUCAGCUAACUUGGUGGGCAAAACAUCUGCAUUAAAGACUCCAACAUCUGAAGUAGUGAAUUCUGCAAACAGUAGUAGUUCUGAUGAAGAGGCCACAAAGGAAGGCUUAUCAAAAAAAAAGCGGAAAAGGAAAGAGGAACAGGAGUUGGAGACCCCAGACAUCAAGAAGAUGAAAGCCACAAGUCCUCAUACAUUCCCAAAAUCAAAGCGGAAAUCCAGUCCUUUUCGCAGAAUAAGAACAGAAGAGAUAGAAAUAGAUGUGCGAGUAGCUAACAAUUCCUUUGAUGCCAAGAGAGGAGCUAUAGGCGACUGGGGUGAAAAAGCAAAUGAUGUUCUGAAAUUUACAAAAGGUAAAUCCUUCCGACAUGAGAAGACAAAGAAGAAAAGGGGAAGUUAUUGUGGUGGUACUAUCUCUACACAGAUAAACUCCAUCAAAUUUGAAAGUGACUAAAUUUCUACCAUAUUGGGAACAGGAUCCCAGUUAAAUAGUGAAAUGUCAUGGAUAUCUCUUCCACAACCUGUUGUCUUAAUUUCUGAUGGGAGGAUGGCUGCCAGUUUCCUAUGUGAUAAUGUGACUCUUAAUGGAGGUAUGGGAUUGAGUCCUUUGGAUUUCUCAGAAGUUUCUAACUUCGCAUCACUUUAUGUUAAUGAACACUUGAUAAUGUGAUAAAUAAACAUACCUUAUUUCUACUAA